AUGAGUACGCCCCCCCCGCGCUCUGCACUCCGAAGAAGCGCGCAGCACCAGCAGCAGCAGCAACCGCAGCAGCUCCGAGGCGGCCCCCAGCCCGCCUGGCACAGCGCACCCGCCGCCAGCCCGGCCCCGGGACAGGCCUUCCUGCACGCCGUGCCCCCCUCCGACCCCCUCCGCCAGGCCAGCCGCCUGCCCAUCCGAGUCCUCAAGAUGCUGACGGCGCGGACGGGACACAUCCUGCACCCCGAGUACCUCCAGCCCUUGCCCUCCACCCCUGUCAGCCCCAUCGAGUUGGACGCCAAGAAGAGCCCGCUGGCCCUGCUGGCGCAGACCUGCUCGCAGAUCGGCAAGCCCGACCCGUCGCCCUCCUCCAAGCUCUCGUCGGUAGCGUCGAGCGGCGGUGGCGACAAGGAGUCGGCCAAGGCGGGCCCCCUGAAGCUGAGCGACAUCGGCGUGGACGAUAAGUCGAGCUUCAAGCCCUACUCCAAGCCCGGCGCCGACAAGAAGGAGCCGUCGGCGGCCGGAACGGGCGCGGCCUCCGGGGGCGUCUCGGCGGCGGGCGAGAAGUCGGGCUUUCGGGUGCCGAGCGCCACCUGCCAGCCGUUCACGCCAAGGACAGGCAGCCCCACCUCCGGCGCCUCGGCCUGCUCGCCCGGCCUCCUCCUGCCCGGCGGCGGCGAGGCCAAGAGCGGCGGGGAGGGCGAGAAGAAGGACGGGGCGUCGGCGUCGGGGGGCGAGGGCUGCGCCAAGGAGGCGUCGGGCGCCCACGGGCCGCGGCUGGGCGGCGGGAUUACAGCGGCGGAGCUGAGCCAGGCGCAGGACGGCGCCAAGGGACUGCUGGCGGGCGCCUCUUCGGUGUCCUCGUCGUCCUCUUCGUCCUCGUCGUCUUCGUCCGACACGUCCUGCGGCGGCGGCGGCAACCCGGCCACGUCCUCUUGCUCCUCGUCUUCGUCGUCGUCGGUGCUGGGCUCGGGCCUGGUGGCGCCGGUGUCGCCUUACAAGGCCGGCCAGAGCGUCUUCCCGCUGCCGCCGGCGGGCAUGAGCUACCCGGGGGCGCUGGCCGCGGGCGCGUACGCGGGCUACCCGCCGCAGUUCCUGCCGCACGGCGUGUCCCUGGACCCCAGCAAGCCCGGCAGCCUCGUGGGCGCGCAACUGGCCGGCAGCCUGGGCUGCGGGAAGGCGGCGGGCUCCAGCCCCCUGGCCGGCGCCUCGCCCCCGUCGGUGAUGACGGCCAGCCUGUGCCGCGACCCCUACUGCCUCAGCUACCACUGCGCCAGCCAGCUGGCCGCCGGCGCCGCAGCCAGCGCCUCGUGCGCCCACGAGCAAGCCCUCAAGGCCGGCUACCCCCUGGUCUACCCGACGGCCGCCGCCGCCGCCCCCCUCCACGCCGUCCACUCCUCGCCGCCCGCCCUGGCCGGCCACCCGCUCUACCCCUACGGCUUCAUGCUGCCCAACGACCCCCAGCCCCACAUCUGCAACUGGGUCUCGGCCAACGGGCCGUGCGACAAGCGCUUCGCCACCUCCGACGAGCUCCUCAGCCAUCUGCGGACGCACACCGCCUUCCCGGGCACCGACAAGCUCCUGGGCAGCUACCCGGGCUCCGGCUCGCUGGCCGCCGCUGCCGCCGCCGCCGCCAUGGCGUGCCACAUGCACAUCCCCACCUCGGCGGCCCCGCCGGGCGGCAGCCCCGCCAGCCUGGCCCUGCGCAGCCCCCACCACCCCCUCGGACUGGGCAGCCGCUACCACCCCUACUCCAAGAGCCCCCUGCCCGCCCCCGGCGCCCCCCUGCCAGUGCCCGCCGCCGCCGCUGCCACCGGACCCUACUACUCCCCCUACGCGCUCUACGGGCAGAGACUUACCACCGCCUCCGCCCUCGGAUACCAGUGA